UCUGCAUGAGAUGGAAUGAGAUGGAAUGAGAUGGAAUGAGCACAAGUGGCACAGCAGAAAAAUGAAGAGUUCUUUGGGUGACUGUGGAGAGGUCAGUCUGGAUUUCACUGACAGAAUGAGAUCUAAGAGAGCAGGGAAGCACCAUGUCAGUGUAAGAAGAGAAGGCUCAAGGCCUCAUAUCAGGAUUCCAAUACUUAAAGGGUGGCUUCAAAGAGGAUGGAAGCUCUCUCUCCACAAGGAUGAAGCUCUCUCUCUGCACAGAGGACAGGUGGCAGUGGAUACCAGUUGUACUGGAUAUAGAAAAGGUAUUUUUACAGUGAAAGCAACCAUUAACUGGAACAACCUCCCCAGAGAUGUGGUAGAGGCUCCAUCUGAAGAGGUUUUCAGAAUGCAAUUUGAGAGGAUGCUAGAUAAUCUCAUCCAGACUGCCAUGAAUGGGAUCUUUAGAGGUCUCUUCAAACCUGAGUUAUUCUGGAUACGGAAGGAGAAUUUCAUGGGGAAGUGUACCAAUGCAGAAAGGCUGAGUUUUACCACAUUUGUUGGCCAGACACAACAUUUAAAUGGCCCAGAUGUGCUAGUCAGCUCUUGUGGAGUUCCAUCAGAACAUUUCACAGAAAAUUGCUUAAAAUCUUUUAUUAAUCAAAAAGGUAGUCCAGUUGAAAUGAAAUUAUCAGGCUUUUGGGUAAAUAAUAAAAAUCCAGAUGCUUAUCUUAAUAAGAAAUUUGGAUGGUGUGAUCAAGUGUAUGCUGACCAAGUUUGUCAAAGGGCCCAAACUGGGUGGGGAAAUGGACACUUCAGAAGUGAGAGCCACCCUGUGGGAAGAUCUGCGGAAUGGGCUAACAAGAACCUUUAUCUUAAAUUCGACAACGACAAGUAUCAGGACAUGUACCUGGGAAAACAUAAUAAAGGAUUAUUUAUCCAGGAGGUUCUGGUGGGCAAGAAGCUCGGUAUGGGAGAGUACCAUACUGCUGUGGCAAAGAGAACCAAUAAAAUUCUGGGCUGCAUCAACAUCAACCUUGCCAGCAGAUGA